AUGACGAUAGACGAAGGGGGUAACCCGGAGGUCAGGCCGUCUGUUCCAUUUGCCGGAGGUAUAUCGUUAAGACAUAAUCAUGCGAUGUACUUAUUGUUCUUUUGUGAGUACGCACCCGACACGUCAACAGCACAACUGUGUUUACUGGGCAGUUACAAAUCUCUCAAUUUGUAUGAGGUAUUUGAUAAGCACGUUCCAUUGUUUAAAUGUAAAAAGCGUUCCUUUCCUUCUUGGUACUCCAAAGAGCUUAGGGAUUUAAUGAAGUUAAAAGAAAAAUUUCAUCAAAGGUGGAAACGUAAUCCCACCCCUGAAUUUUAUUACCUGUUUGCGAACGCUAGGCAAAGGAUUAAGAGAACCAUUUCUAGAGAGUUUCAAGAUUAUAUCACCAGAGCUGAGCGAUCCCUUAAGAAAGAUCCAAAGAGUUUUUGGUCGUUUAUUAAUCAGAAGAAGGGGCAAUCAACCUUACCCAAUUGUGUUCAGUUUGGAGACAACACUUACAGUGACCCGCAUGACAUUGUUGAUGUAUUUGCCCUUCACUUAAUCUAUGUAUUGAUGUUACGAUACGUGAGGAUGCAGUCCGUUAGGCUAUUUCACAACUUAAAAAUAAUUGUGUCUCUGGUGAAGAUCAGGUUCCCAGUUUUCUUAUUAGAGAUUGCGUCGAUCCGCAUAUGGAAGGUCGCUAAGGUGGUGCCUGUGUUUAAAUCUGGGGAUCACUCUCAUGAGCAUAUCUCGAUUUAUCAACAUGGUUUUACCUCUGGUAGAUCUACUCUAACGAAUCUAGUAUGUAUGUCUCAAUAUAUUGCGGACGUGCUCGACAAUAUGGGUCAAUUAGAUGUUAUAUAUUUGGAUAUGUCAAAGGCCUUGGACAAACUUAAACAUAGGACCUUGCUGGAAAAACUAUCGAAUUUUGGUUUCUCGCAGAGGCUGCUUGAGUUUUUUGCAUCUUAUUUAUCCUCUCGUAGGAACUUUGUUCACGACAAUGGUUUCAAGUCUAGUUGCUAUAUUGCUACGUCUGGUGUUCCACAAGGAUCCAUUCUUGGGCCUCUAUUGUUUUUAAUAUAUAUUAAUGAUUUAGUUGAUGUCAUUGAAAAUUCUAAAAGCGAUAUGAACAAGCUGCAAUUCUGGUCUAAGCUUAAUGGAAUUCCGCUAAAUAGAGAUAAAUGUGUAGCAAUGACUUUUAUGCUCUGUGCUAAAAAGUUUGUUUACGAUUAUAAUAUUGAUGGCACUGCUGUUCAGCGAUUCACUACUGUGAAAGACCUCGGGCAGUCGAAUUCGGUCGAAGUAUAA